UGACUCCAUGCCAGCUCUUGCAAUCUUCAAUAAUUUCAAGCUUUAGCAUCUUAAUAUCUUUAGCUCGUAGAGAUCUAUAAUUCUUACAAAGCAAUGAAAAGAUGGGUUAUUGUUGUGUUUUACAGCAUUCAUCCAUUGGUUGUGCGACACGAAACUUGGAAAUUUAAAGAAGCUUUUGAAAUACAUCAAGCUGGAUCCUUUCCAUGUAUAUCCGGAAACAGGUCUGAAGCUGAUGUUAUCAAUGAAACUGUUGAUGAGAUUCUACUCAACAUAAAUUCCAAGGGUUUAGAUGUCGCAAAGCAUCCUGUUGGGCUGGAGUCUCGAGUUAAAGAGAUAACAAUAUUGUUGAGCAGUGACACAGAAGGUGUCGUUAGGAUGGGAAUAUAUGGGAUGGUUGGAAUAGGAAAGACAACACUUGCUAAAGCUCUGUAUAAUCAACUUUUGCUAGGAAGCUACACGGGAACUAGCUUUCUGGCGAAUGUUAGGGAAAUUUCAGGGACUACAAAUGGCCUAGUAUCUUUACAACAACAACUUAUUAGCGAUGUGCUUAAAAGUAAGAAAAAAGUUAAUGUUCACCAUGUUGAUCAAGGAACUAAGUUGAUAGAAGCUAGAAUUUGUUGAAGAAAAAUUCUGGUUGUUAUUGAUGACAUAGAUGAGCAUAAACAAUUUGAAUCAUUAGUAGGACCAUUUGCUCCUGGGAGUGUAGUUAUAAUAACUACAAGGGAUGAAGAGAUACUGGAUACUAUCGAUGUGGAAACCAGAUAUCGAUACAGAGUAAAUGAGCUGGACGAUGCCGAGUCACUGGCACUAUUCACCCGACAUGCAUUUGGAAAUGAUAAACCAAACAACACAUGAAUGGCGAUGUUUGAAGAUAUUCUAUGUCAUGCUGGUGGACUUCCCUUGGCUAUUGAGGUAUAUGGCUCGUAUCUGUAUUAGCGAUCCGAGGUAGGAUGGAAAUCUUACAUUGAGAAACUGAAGCGAAUUCCUAUCAGCAGCAGUAUUCAGCAAAGACUAAUAAUUAGCUUGGAUGCCUUAGAAUUGGAUGAUCCUGCGCUGAAGAAAAUAUUUAUUGACAUUGCUUGUUUUUUCAUUGGAAAGAACAAAGAGGAGGCGAUCAAAAUAUUGGAAACUUAUUAUUCAUACGCAGAUCAUCAUAUUGAUAUUCUGAAGAAAAGAUGUUUACUAACUAUUGAUAAGAGAAAAAGGUUAGGCAUGCAUGAUUUGCUUCGGGAUAUGGGAAGAGAAAUUGCACGCAACAACUUUCCUGAUGAGCCUGGAAAACAUAGUAGAUUGUGGGUGCCUGAAGAUAUAUGCGAUGUGUUGAAGAAGCAAAAGGGAACAGAACUGAUUGAAGGUAUCAUCCCUAGCAACCAUUUCUACAAUUCACUAAAGGGAGUAUCAUGGGGUACAGAAACAUUCAAAAGGAUGAGUAGAUUAAGAUUUCUUUACCUUGAAGUUGUCAAUCUUACUGGAAGCUUUGAACAGACACUUGAAGAUUUGAGGUGGUUCUGUUGGGAUCGGUGUCCUUUAAAGUGUUUACCAUCUGAAUUUUACCCCCACAAACUUGUUAUUCUGGAGUUGCCUCAUAGCAGUAUGAGAACAAUGUGGGAGCCAAUCAAUGUUCCGUAUGUUUUUGAAAGAUUAAAGACUCUAAACAUGUCGUGUUCUCUAGAAUUAACGACAACUCCAGACUUUAAUAAAUUUCCUUAUCUCGAAACCUUAGAUCUUCAGGGAUGUAUAAGCUUGAAGGAUGUCCAUGUAUCAAUUGGAAGUUUGGCGAGACUUGUUUCACUAAAUUUGCGUGGCUGUGUGAACUUAACAAGUCUCGAAUAUAUUUGCAACUUAAGAGUUUUGCAAUAUCUUAAUGUGGGUGGUUGGAGUAGUCUGGAAGCAUUGCCUACAGAAGUGGGGAACAUUGAAUCCCUAAUAGUGCUUAAUGCAGAGAAACUAUCUGUUUUGGAAUUAACGGAUUCAGUUGGCCGUUUUAGUAAGCUUAUUGAGCUAAACUUAUGUUCUAACAAGAACCUAGAGAACUUUCCCAACACCAUUUGUAACUUGAGGGCACUGGAAGUUUUAAAUGUUAAUGGUUGCAGUAGUCUCAAAGAGAUACUGGAUACUAUCUCUAUAUAUUAGUGGUUUGUACUAGUCUCGAAGCAUUACCUGCAGCAUUAGGAAAUAAUAUAUCCCUAAAAGAGCUCAAUGCGGAGGGACUAAGUGUUCCAAAAUUACCAGAUUCAAUAAGAUGUCUUGAUAAGCUCGUUGAGCUGAUAUUAUGUCAUAAAAAGAACCUUGAAAAUCUUCCUGACACCAUCUGCGACCUGACAUCGCUGGAAAUUCUCAAUAUUUCUGGAUGUGAAAAGCUAGAGGUACUACCUGAUCACCUCUGGAAGCUUACAAGGUUGAGGGAGCUAGAUGCUAGUGGUGCUACUCGGUUAAAGAAACUUCCAGAUAUAUAAUCAAGCCAGGUUGCAUUAUCAUUAGAAAAGUUGAGUUUAUCCAGAAAUGUCAUAACUGCACUGCCCUCCGGUAUUGGCAAGCUCUCAAACCUCGAAUUUCUAUAUCUUAGAGAUUGUCGUCAUCUGUUGUCCAUUGUAGAACUUCCUCCGGCUC